UCCUUCCCUUUGGGAGGGCCGGGGGAGGAGACCCAGCCCACUCCCUGGUCGCGGCUGGAAAGGCAGAAGAGACCAGCCAGCAUCUCCGGCGUGGUUGCCACAUUGGACCGGUGGGUGGUCACCCCCACCCUACCCCUGUGCAUGGAAAGCCUGAGGGAGAUUCCCGCGUGGAGAAGCCUGGAUCUUUGCUAGAGAGAGAUCCCGUUGUCAUCGGUAUCCAGGGAACCCUCCUCUUCCUCCUCCUCCUGCCGCCUCUCUACCACUGCAGUCGCUGGUUGUUGCUAAGGUUGCCUCCAUGGUAACAUGCACAUCCUGUUUACACUUCCAUCUGUGCAAGUUGGUCUAAGCUAGGAACCUACCUACCCUGGACAACCACUUCCAUCACCACCUGGGGACACUAAUCACCGUGACACGUGGUCCGGUUCUACUCAGUUCCCCCAUCCUCUUCCUCCUCCCACUGCCAAGCUUCAUACUCAGAAAAGGAUCUGGGCUACGGGUUGCUACUGUGAAGCUUAUUGCACAAGAUAUAGUCAAUCUAUUUCCCAUCUGGGCUCCCAGUGAAGCAAAAAGUAAGAAGAAGUGAGGCAGAGAGGCAAGAGGCCCUGAUCAGUGGAAGGGAAAGUUCACAUUUUCUCUGGUUGAGGGGCCUGGUAACAGCACGCAAAAUGACGAACCCAACAGAACACGCCUUGCCAGCCAACUCGAUAAUUGAGAGCCAUGAAGGGGAAUUUGGCUGCACAGUAAUGGACCUGAGGAAGCUCAUGGAGCUGCGUUCAACCGAUGCAAUAAACCAGAUCAAUGUCCACUAUGGAGGAGUAAUGAAUCUCUGCAGUAGACUGAAAACCAACCCUGUGGAAGGCCUAUCUGGAAACCCUGCAGAUCUGGAGAAACGUAAACAAGUAUUUGGACAAAACUUGAUUCCCCCCAAAAAGCCCAAGACCUUUUUAGAAUUAGUGUGGGAAGCCCUUCAAGAUGUCACACUCAUCAUCCUGGAGAUCGCAGCCAUCAUCUCCCUGGUCCUGUCCUUCUAUCGCCCCCCUGGGGAAGAAAAUGAACAGUGUGGUCUAGCCGUAACUAGCCCAGAAGAUGAAGGGGAGGCAGAAGCCGGCUGGAUUGAGGGGGCCGCCAUCUUAUUCUCAGUGAUCAUCGUGGUGCUAGUGACUGCCUUCAAUGAUUGGAGCAAAGAGAAGCAAUUCCGGGGGCUGCAGAACCGCAUCGAAAAGGAACAGAAAUUCUCCGUUAUCCGAAAUGGUCACAUCAUUCAGCUCCCUGUGGCUGAGAUCGUGGUGGGGGACAUUGCCCAAAUCAAAUACGGUGACCUGCUGCCUGCAGAUGGAAUCCUGAUCCAAGGCAAUGAUCUCAAGAUUGACGAGAGCUCUCUGACUGGGGAAUCGGACCAUGUCAAAAAGUCCCUGGAGAGAGACCCCAUGUUGCUCUCAGGGACCCAUGUCAUGGAAGGUUCUGGCCGAAUGGUAGUGACUGCUGUGGGUAUCAACUCUCAGACUGGAAUCAUCUUUACCCUCUUGGGGGCCAGUGAGGGGGAAGAGGAAGAGAAGAAGAAGAAAGGUAAAAAACAAGGAGUCCCUGAAAAUCGCAACAAAGCAAAGACUCAGGAUGGAGUGGCCUUGGAAAUCCAGCCACUCAACAGCCAGGAGGGGAUCGACAAUGAGGAAAAGGAGAAAAAGGCAGCCAAGCUGCCCAAAAAGGAGAAGUCGGUGCUGCAGGGCAAGCUGACGCGCUUGGCUGUACAGAUUGGGAAAGCUGGUCUGAUCAUGUCUGCAAUCACAGUUCUCAUCCUGAUUCUGUACUUUGUGAUCGACAACUUUGUGAUACAGCGCAGACCAUGGCUGGCUGAGUGUACUCCCAUCUACAUCCAGUACUUUGUCAAGUUCUUCAUCAUUGGCAUCACUGUGCUGGUGGUGGCUGUGCCAGAGGGUCUGCCACUGGCAGUCACCAUUUCACUGGCUUACUCUGUGAAGAAAAUGAUGAAAGACAAUAACCUGGUACGGCACUUGGAUGCUUGUGAAACAAUGGGCAAUGCCACAGCCAUCUGCUCCGAUAAGACAGGCACAUUGACCAUGAACCGCAUGACUGUGGUGCAGGCUUAUAUCGGAGAAACCCUUUACCAUCAAAUCCCAAGCCCUGAUGUCCUCAUGCCCAAGGUCCUGGACCUCAUUGUCAAUGGUAUUUCUAUCAACAGUGCCUACACCUCCAAGGUUCUGCCUCCAGAGAAGGAGGGCGGCCUGCCACGGCAGGUGGGCAACAAGACCGAGUGCGCCCUGCUGGGCUUCGUCACGGACCUGAAGCAGGAUUACCACGCCGUGCGCAGUGAGGUGCCCGAGGAGAAGCUCUACAAGGUGUACACCUUCAACUCGGUGCGCAAGUCCAUGAGCACCGUCAUCGAGAAGCCCCGCGGUGGCUACCGCAUGUACAGCAAGGGUGCUUCUGAGAUCAUCUUGCGCAAGUGUAAUCGAAUCCUGGACAAGAAAGGGGAAGCAGUGCCAUUCAAGAAUAAGGACCGAGAUGAGAUGGUCCGCACCGUCAUCGAGCCCAUGGCCUGUGAGGGACUCCGGACUAUCUGCAUAGCUUACCGGGAUUUCAAUGAUGGAGAGCCCCCAUGGGACAACGAGAGCGAAAUCCUCACUGAACUGACCUGUAUUGCAGUGGUGGGCAUUGAGGAUCCUGUGCGCCCAGAGGUACCAGAAGCUAUUGCCAAAUGCAAACGAGCUGGCAUUACUGUCAGAAUGGUGACAGGUGACAACAUCAACACAGCCCGGGCCAUCGCCACCAAAUGUGGCAUUGUGACACCUGGGGAUGACUUUCUGUGCUUGGAGGGCAAAGAAUUCAAUCGACUCAUCCGAAACGAGAAGGGCGAGGUAGAGCAAGAAAAGCUGGACAAGAUCUGGCCUAAGCUCCGGGUGCUGGCGCGAUCUUCCCCCACUGACAAGCACACACUGGUGAAAGGCAUCAUCGACAGCACUGUUGGGGAACAGCGGCAGGUGGUGGCUGUCACUGGGGAUGGCACAAAUGAUGGGCCGGCUCUGAAGAAAGCAGAUGUUGGUUUUGCCAUGGGUAUUGCAGGCACGGAUGUGGCAAAGGAGGCCUCUGACAUCAUCCUAACAGAUGACAACUUCACCAGCAUCGUGAAGGCAGUGAUGUGGGGACGAAACGUCUACGAUAGCAUCUCCAAGUUCCUACAGUUCCAGCUCACUGUCAACGUGGUGGCUGUGAUUGUGGCCUUCACUGGAGCCUGUAUCACCCAGGAUUCCCCACUGAAAGCCGUGCAGAUGUUGUGGGUUAAUCUCAUCAUGGACACUUUUGCCUCACUGGCCCUGGCCACAGAGCCUCCUACAGACUCUCUGUUGAAGCGUCGCCCCUAUGGCCGAAAUAAGCCUCUGAUCUCACGCACUAUGAUGAAGAACAUCUUGGGUCACGCCGUCUAUCAGCUCACUGUCAUCUUUUUCCUUGUCUUUGCCGGUGAGAAAUUCUUUGACAUUGAUAGUGGGAGGAGAGCACCUCUGCAUUCACCACCCAGCCAACACUACACCAUUAUUUUCAACACCUUCGUGCUGAUGCAGCUCUUCAAUGAAAUCAACUCCCGCAAGAUCCAUGGAGAGAGGAAUGUCUUUUCGGGCAUCUUCCGCAACCUCAUCUUCUGCUCUGUGGUCUUGGGCACGUUCGUCAGCCAGAUUAUCAUUGUGGAAUUUGGGGGGAAACCCUUCAGCUGUACGAACCUCACCCUGUCCCAGUGGUUCUGGUGUCUCUUCAUCGGUAUUGGAGAAUUGCUGUGGGGCCAGGUCAUCUCCACAAUACCUACCCAAUCCCUGAAGUUCCUGAAGGAGGCUGGGCAUGGCACCACCAAAGAGGAGAUCACCAAGGAUGCUGAGGGGCUGGACGAGAUUGACCAUGCAGAGAUGGAGCUGCGCCGAGGCCAGAUCCUCUGGUUCCGGGGCCUGAACCGUAUCCAGACUCAGAUCGACGUAAUUAACACAUUCCAGACGGGAGCCUCUUUUAAGGGAGUCCUAAAGCGCCAGACCAUGGGUCAACACCUUGAUGUAAAACAUGUUCCUAGCUCAUCCUAUAUCAAAGUGGUCAAAGCAUUCCAUAGUUCCCUCCAUGAAAGCAUUCAGAAACCCAAGAACCAAAACUCCAUCCACAACUUCAUGACCCACCCUGAAUUCGCCAUAGAUGAGGAGGGGCCACGAACACCACUCCUGGAUGAGCAAGAAGAGGAAAAUUUUGAAAAGGUCUCUAAGCCUGGGACUAGGAUGCUCCCAUCCGAUGGUGAGGUCACUCCACAAGCCAACAAAAACAACAAUGCAGUGGAUUGCUGCCAAGUGCAGAUUGUUGCCUGCCACUCAGACAGCCCUCUACACAGCCUGGAGACAUCAGUUUGAACUUCAUUCCCUGACUCCCAUUCCUGCUUUCCCUAUUUCCCUUUUCAUCUACCCCGUCACUAAGGGGAUGAUGGGACUUUUCACUGUCAUGUCAGCUGCUCCCAAGUAUGUGUGAACCCCCACCUGGCCAUGAAGAGGCAAGAGCACAGACCUACGAGGACUUCAGCUGAAACCUGAGUUGGGGUUUGUAGCAGGACCCAGUUAGACCCCAGGCAAGUAAUGAAUGGUAGAUCUACUCCUUGCCUGUAUCAGUUGUCAUUUUUAAAGAAAUGACAAGAAUCCUGUUGGCAUUUACCCCAACCCAAAUUCUCACCAGUAUUCAUACCUGUGUCAUCCAUCUCCUCACUUCUGGAUUUUUACCCUAUGCGUCUGUGCUGUUUACAAGCUCAGUUAAAAGUUCAGAGGGACAAAUAUCCUCAAAUGAGGUGUAUUGAGGUAAGAAUGGAAGGUAUAGAAUCAGCCUAUAGAGUGAUUGUUUUCAAACAAUUUUUGCAUUUUGAAAACUUAUACCUAAAGCCCUGUACCUCUUUCUGCCCUUCCGGUCAAGCCUCCCCAUGGUCUCUUGGUCUUUUGUGACCAUUGUCUUCCUUAGCUUCACUAUUUUUUUUUUUCAAGUUGUGAUGAUUAGAAAAUGGAAAGGACAUAGAUGAGUUAAGUCAACUUUGACCAUUCUCCCUUCUGGCCUCAGUGGAGCCCUUGAUUUAGUUCUAGAGGCAGAUAGGUUUCUUUGCUAACAGGGUCCUUUGGAAGCAAUUGAGAGCUGGUAAAAAUAUAUUCCUGUUGUUGCCAGGUUAUCUACUUCUAAACUGCCAUCUUGUCAGGUGUGUGUGGUUCAAAGUGCCAGGGAGAUCAGCACUGACGUGAAGCUUGCAUAUAUGCGGUUUGUAGUUUUUACCUGAAGCCUGAGCUUUCUUCUGUUCCUAAAGUGGUGGCAAAGGAAUGAAUUAAGAAUGACCUUGCCUCCUAACUGGACUUCGAAAACAGACCAUCAAAGUCAACUCUGUGGAGUCCUCCUCAGGGUGACCACUACUGCUUUCAAAGCCAUCCACCAAGGCUCUUCCAGGGCAGGACCUGACUGUUGGGAGAGUGCGUAUUGAGCAGCCUUGGGAGAGGCCAAAGUGCCAUUCCAGCAGCAUCUGAGCAAACCUUCGUCUCAGAAACCAGAAACCUUGAGCUUAGGUGGCUGGGGACCAGCUUUGACAUGCCCUUUAGUUUUCUAAUUCUAAUCUUUGCUGUGUCCGCUAACAUCAGUCUCUGCAAAGGCCCCAGCCUUUCUCAAAUAUUCGGAUUCUGAAAACAUGUAUCCAAAGUGGGAGGCUUCAUGGAUGCUUUGCCGACUUAAAGAAGCAAAAGACCCACCCUGAAAAGCUCCCCUCCUUCCACCCUGCCUCUUGCACACCCCACUCAAGCCCCCUCCAGAAUGUGCUCAAUGCUUCACAGUUAAGCCCUGUGCCUUCUCUCCCUGAACACUGCCCAAAGCGUCCCUUUCCCACCUGUCUCUCAGGAGCUGGGGACUUGGCUAGGAGAUUUGUUAAGUGUUCCUUAAUGCAACAGGGUGGGGCCGCAUUUGCAGGAUCUCCAUUUCUAUCCCUGCCAUGCUGCUGUAAGCUCUUCUGUGUGGGGGUCAGCUCAUGUCUGCCAAUUCCCGUCUCCCACUGGAUAAAUGAAGCCUACCCCCCUCUUUCUAGAGUGAUGGGAGUACGGAGAGGGGCUUGAGGCUGUUAGGAACUCUGCCAAAUUUCCAUUUGGGAGCCAGGUGACCCGGACCUAUCCUCUCCGGCCUUUUCUUCUGGAUCCCUCCUCUCUCACCCUUUCACCUGAGCUGCCCUAGGAAGGAAGAAUAAAGAAACAGUAUCCCCUGCACAUCCCUAUUACUACAUCAGCUACCAGAUCUGAUUGUGGUUUUGUAAAGGUUACAUGUUUCAGUGAUCUUUUCUCUGUCUUCAAUACCAAUGGAGGAAACAAUAGCUCACCCGAGGCGUUAGGUGUUCACAUAUAUAUUUAUUAAGUACAGUGGAAGAUUUAGUUCUGUCGAGUCUCUUUAUUACCUCAGAUCAGUUUUUAAAACAAUCUUUGGAGGCUAUUUUAUCAUUCCUGCUCCCAAAAGACUCUCAUGGUGCCUGACAGGUUACUCGUGAGGGCUUGUGUCUACUUGUUUAAAGUCAAUGGGGAUUUUGUGUGUAUUCUAGUUUCCAUAGUAGGAGAGAAAAUAUAGAAAUAUUAUGCAAAAAUAUAUAGUUUUCUUUAGCUGAGAAACUGAUAUUUUUUGAGUCAGCCAUAUGUAUUUUGUUUAAAGGAUUUAAAAUAAAGUGCUGUCAUGUAACCCUGUGGAAGGGAGCACAUAACCAGCUGGUAGACAUGGCAGGUGACUUAUAGUAUAUUUGCAAUUGGUUUUAAAACCAAUGCACCGG